GGGCUUCAGCUAUGUGGACCUGGUGGAAGGGCUGCGGGACGGGCGUUUCUAUGCCCUGAAGCGCCUCAUGUGCGGUGCCCAGCGGGCGCUCGGUGAUGUCCAUCCCCACAGGGACCUCAAGCCCACCAACGUGCUGCUGGAUGAGGAUGACCGGCCUGUGCUGAUGGACCUGGGCUCCAUGAACCAAGCUCGCAUUGAAGUCAACAGCUCUCGGGAGGCCAUGGCCGUGCAGGACUGGGCUGCCCAGCGCUGCACCAUCUCCUACCGUGCUCCCGAGCUCUUCACGGUGCCGAGCCAGUGCGUCAUAGACGAGCGCACAGAUAUCUGGUCCCUAGGCUGCGUCCUGUACUGUAUGAUGUUUGGGGAGGGCCCCUACGACGCCAUCUUCCAGAAGGGUGACAGCGUGGCCCUGGCAGUGCAGAACCCCAUCACUGUGCCCCCCACGACCAGGUACUCGGCUGCCUUACAGCACCUGCUCUCCUCCAUGAUGACGCUGAACCCCCAGGAGCGUCCCAGCAUAAAUGAUGUCCUCACCAGCUUGCAGCCAGCGCCGGCGGGCCAGGACACCACGCAGAUCUGA